GGGGGGGGGGGGGAGGAGGAGGAGAGAGCCCGCUGGGAAUUAGUCGCUCAGGAGCCGCUGGUGUCUCUCUGGCUGCCGCCGUUGGCUUGCCUCGCCAUGGAGUCGUCGCUGCCGUUGCUGCGCUUACUCUGGAUUCUCCUGGUCUUCCGUGCAGAUCUGAGUGAAGGUGUGACAAUAACUUCAUCAGGCCAAACCAUGAUAACAAGGGCCGAAGGAGAGAAAGUCACAUUGCCAUGUACAUUCACUUUUGGUCCACAAGAUACAGGCUCACUUGACAUAGAAUGGGUCCUCCUGGAACCAAAUCAUGAGCAGACAGUCAUUAUGUACAGUGGAGACAGGAUUUAUGAUAAGUAUAAAAUGGAUGGACGAGUAGAGUUUGUUAACCCAAAUCCAGCUUCUGGAGAUGGUACUAUUGAUAUCCUGAAUUUAAAGGCAACUGACACUGGUACAUACCAGUGUAAAGUGAAGAAACCUCCCAGUGUUGAAACCCAAAGAAUCCAGCUGACAGUACUUGUGAAACCCAUGAACACUAAAUGCUAUGUUGAAGGAACUCAGGAGAUCGGAACUGAUCUUACUCUGAAAUGUAAAUCUGAAGAAGGUUCUCCCAUUAUUACCUACUCUUGGAAGAAAAUUACUGGUACAGGGGAACUUCCAGCCACUACAACACCACAUACAGAAACAGGUGAUUUUUUGGUGAAGAAUGCUUCUCAGAUUUACUCUGGCAUAUACACAUGUACAGCUUCAAACAAAAUUGGUUCAGAUGAAUGUUCUCUUGAGCUGAACGUGACACCUCCUGUAAAUAGAGCUGGUAGAAUUGCUGGAGCAAUCAUAGGCACUUUGCUGGGUCUCUUGUUACUGGCUUUUUUCAUCUUCUGUUGCCUCAAAAAACAAAGAGAGAAGAAAUAUGAAAAAGAAGUGCAUCAUGAUAUCAGAGAGGAUGUUCCUCCUCCAAAGAGUCGCGCUUCAACAGCCCGCAGUUAUAUAGGGAGCAAUCGUUCUUCUCUGGGUUCAAUGUCUCCUUCCAAUAUGGAUGGGUAUGCCAAGACUCAGUACAACAAAGUUCCAAGUGAAGAGUUUGAACAUGCUCCUGUUCAAACCACAAACUUUCAACCACCAAAGGUAGCCGCACCUAAUCUAAGUAGAAUGGGAGCUAUUCCUGUGAUGAUUCCAGCACAAAGCAAAGAUGGCUCAAUUGUAUAGUAUGGCAUUAAUUUAGACCUUCAAAAUUGAGUUCAUGCAGUGAUUAACUUGUUCCAGCUCAUCAGUUUUAAACAUAGAAUUGAUCUUUGAGCAUCGACAAGUGUGCUUGGUCCACCAGCUUUGCAUUGUAUUCUGACCAAAUGCACUAAAACCAGAAGCUUUUUGAGAAGGAUUUGACAUUUGUGACUAAGCAUUAAACAGUGACAAAUAAAUUCCAAGUGGGUUGCUUACUGAAUGCUUAGAGCUGUGAGUUUUGACAGAUUAGCAGACACAUGUCAACAUGAAGUAAGUGGUCUAGUUUUUGAAGUGAAUAAUUGAUCCCUGUUGUAGUGAGUGUCUAAUAUAAUUUGUAUAAAAGUUUUGGAAAAUUUGGGUUUGAAUUCUUGUAAUAUAGAUUGUGAACUAUGUUUUUUUCCGCAAACUUGAAUAUUUUUAUGGUUUUUCAGUCGCAGUUAAUUAGAUGAAAUUAACUCUUGAUGAAUUUUGAAGUGGUUUUAAUUGCUUAACCAUGCACCAGUAGUGAUGUCUCUCACUUGUUGAAGAUGCUAAUGUCUUAGGCCAUGCAGAUGAUCUGCUAGAUUGAAAUUGUGCUGCUGGUCCUACAAGCGUCAGCCCAUUUCUAUUCAGCUAGAUAAUAGCAACUGUACACAUCUGCACAGAGGUGUAUUAAAUUGUUUUCUGCCAAGAAGAAAAAGCAGGUCGAAACUUUAUUGCUGAAUCUAUAACUAUAUUUUGCAUUAUAUAAGCAAUUUUGUCUUUUUAAAAUUGCUAUCUGUAUAAGUUUUCCCAUUCAGCACCCAAGAGUGUUCAUGGGCUUCGAACUUAUUUUUUUUAAAAAACUGGUGUUUAUGUGUAUGUGUCGUGCUUAAUGCUCAUUUUAUAUGUAUAGCUGUUUUGUACAAGUAGGAGAAGGAUUUUUGUCCCCUGGCUUUCUUCUUAAAAUGUUACAAUGGUAUCUUCAAUGUCUCUUUCCAACAAAAUAUUUAAAAUUGUUUCUGUUUGUGGUGUUACAUUGCUUUAAUUACCACAUGUGGGUGUAGGAGGGACUCUGGAAGGUUAUUAAGUGAAUUCUCUACUUAAUUUAAUCUUGAGUUACAUCUGUCCUUUGCAACCUGAUGAAUAACUAGAAACUUGUUCGUAACUUAAAGCCUUAUGACAUUCGCUUUUCAUUUCAUAAAUUCAGUCAGCGACAGUAGAUGCUUAAACUGUCACAAGCAUUGCAACAAUAUUUGUGUAUAUAAUUGAUUGUGCUUUUAGUGAAGUACUAAAUAUGGGGAUACAUAGUCUUCUAGGUUAGAUAUAGAUUUUCCGUAUAGAUUUAAAAAGAUUUGCUAACAUCCUAUGCCUCAGAUAUCUUUAAGUUGUUAGUUCUGACAUUUUCACAGCUAGUAUUCAGAAUCAGGUUUAUUAUUUAGACUACUUAAGCUGUUUUUGGUAAGUUUAUAUACUGAACUAGAUUUUAAGGUUGUACAUAGUUUGCAUAUACUGAGAAGUUUUCUUUUUUAUGUUAUCUGAUGCUGUUGAAAAUACCUCUUCUCAUCUGUGCCUUUCCAAUAAACUUUUAUGCCUGAUUGUAAAUUAAUCUCCUAUGAUAAAAUUUGCUGGUGCCUGGCUACUUUUCUUAAAGGGUGCUACAGAUAAAGGUAUCAUUCUGGAAGCACAUAUUAUGUGACUUAAUUCCUUCUUACUUGAUUCUGAUUCUUCCUUCCAGUGUUUUGGAUGUAGCUGAAACUUCUCCAUAGUGUCCUAUAUUUCAGAAUGGCUCAUUUUUUGUUUGCCUAGGAUAUGGAAUUGGAUGCUCCUUUGUGGUGUCUUUGUUUUCUGAACAAUAUGAGGAAGACCAAUUAAUAGGAUUCUAGUGUGUGGCUUUAGAAAGGAGAGUAGUGAUAAGAAAUUAAAUUCCUGUGGCUAUUUAACAUAAUAAAAAUACUUUUUAACAUGCACACACAGUGUUUGCCCAUUUACUUUUUUACUAAAUGUAUAAUGUAAGCAGACAAAACAUGUACUAUGAAUGGGUAAUGUUAUAGCAGUCAAAAGAAUUUCAGUAUAUUUAAUAAUUUGUCAACUUGCAUGAAAUAUAUAAAUGGGUAGAAUGAAGGGUAGCAUGAUAUGCCUUCAAAACACAGCUCUUGGGUUUAGCAGGCUUGACAAAGUCUGCUUGUUUAUAAAAUUGCAUGGAAAUAACAGUAAUAAGAGUUGACAUAGCAGAUCUAUACUUUCCUAGGUAAAGACUGAUUUGGGACAGACUUUGCUCCAAGCACUUAACUUCUAGACCCUUCUGAAUGACUAAAACUCUAGUCUGAAGGACACUGCUGUUAUAAAGUUUAUAAGAUCUCAAAAUGACACUUUGAGUAAAUGGAUUUUCUUAAGCAGUUCAGGAAGAAGAAAAAAUCUAAUGUAGUCUUAUCCUUCAUGUUGGGAAAUACAGCCAUUUUGCUAAUAUUGACAGACAUUUUUAAAACAGACAUUGCAUUUAUUUUGAGGAAGAGUUAAUAGUGUGUUUGCAAUAUGGACAAAUACACCUGUAUAAUUAAGCAUUAGUUGUUGGAGACAAAGGUAUUAUGCAACACUCAUACAAAUAAACCAUUCAGUUUAGUCCUUUGUGUGCUAGGAAACAUUUCUUGAGCCUGCAGUUAUGCAGAAAAAGGUGAUAUAAGUAUUUUUAUUUAGUAUGGUUGACACAUAAAGGGCUAGUUUUGAAGGGAAAAUUUCCCCAGAGUCCCUGAGUUUUUAAUUAUAGAAGUGUUCACCCAUGUAACAACCCCCAUAUCUUCCCCUGGACACACAAGAAAUGUGAUGAGCAUUUUUUCUAGCCUUGGAUUUUGCAUAUAAAUGUUUUACAGAAUUUUGCAGACGAUUAUUAAAGCCAAAACCCUGGAAUACAGAUAGAAUGAACCCUAUGGGGGUUGUGCUGAAGGAAUCUUCUCAUUCCUAUUCUUAGCUAAGGGUAGUGUCAGGCCACACCUAGUGUAUGGUCCUGCACAGUUGUGUUUUAUAAAAACUGUCAAAGAAAUAAUGCCCAAGAAUCAAGUUUUAAGCAAAAAAAAGUUUUUACUGUGCAGGGUGAGCUCUAGAACAGAGUCACACUCACCAUACAAAAGACCUCAUCAUUUAUAGUUUCCAAGAAUACAUACAUCAUCAUUCAUAAUCAUACCUUCAUAUAUAACCCAUAUGAUCAUUUUUCCCAUAUGUUCUUUCUUCCUUAGCAUUAAAAUCAAAUUAGCUUUAAAAUCAAAUUGGCUUGUCUGCCCCUACUUGUUACUAAACGCUGGAAUUUUCCUCUGCAGAGUGUUUGUCCCUCCCAUUGGCAGGGCAAUAAACUAAAUUCUGACUUUUCUGGUUUUCAAUCAGGAUAACCAGUUCCCAACAUUCCUAAGUGUUUGUUCUUCGAGAGAAAGAAAGAUCUCUCCAGGGUAAAAAGAUUUUAUAUACACUUAUUCACUUUAAAAGGUUAAAAAUGAUUUUAACAAAUAUGAUGUGAUUCUAGAAUAGAAUACAAGUUAUAUAAAUCUCUCAUCAUUUCAGUGUUCAUUAAAGUAUAGAAAAACACAUUUUCAGUUAUCUAAUCAAAUUCUUUUCUAUUCUUACCUUUAAUUUCUUCUCUACCUUUAAUUUCUAUUGCUAUGUUUAUUUCACAUAGACCAUCCCAUAUAGCUAGUUUUGACAAACAGGUCUUAGAUAUGUCUUUUGUCACGUCUUGGUCUUUAGUAACCAUCUUUCUUAUAGAUAUAAUCUUUUCUUGCCUGCAUGACCACUAUGUAAUUGCUGACAUGCUGGCCUUGAUAGAGAAAACCCUUUUAAAUCUUUGAUUUUAUAAAUCCAUUUUUCUUUAGUAUCAAAUACAAUUUUUAGGCCUAUGGUCCAUCCUCACAGUAGCAAGCAAUUAAGUUAGAAGAAUUAAUUGACUUUCAUGGUCCAUAUUCUCUUAGAAUUUUAAUGUGUAGCUAUUUCAUAAUUUGUAGACCGAUAUAUGUUACAGUGUAAAAAAGAAUGGUCCUCAAAAGUGGAAAUUUAAUAGAAAAUAAUUUGUAGAAACACAGCAGGUAAGUUUUUAAAACAUUUUUGUUUGUUUUUGGAGCAUUUCAACAGUGUAAAUGUGUUGGUAUGUUUUGAACUCUUUAGUUCCUUUGGCAUUUCUGUUUGCAGAAGCAAAGGUAAUGAUGUUCACUAAUUUCAACUACCCACUUGUAGACCCCAGUUUUGUGUCCUGCCCUGUUCUAAGAGUUUGCUGACUGCAGGAACAAAGUGUCAGAGGAGAUCAGAGGGCUGCAGUAACAGCAGAAGGAAUUGGGAAUGUGCUUCUGUGUGAAGUCCAUUAAUAGUUUGGUACCUGCCAUUACUUAAAUUGUCAUUUUAUUAUUUUGGCUAGCACACAUUUCUCUCUUUCUCACUGAAUGGUACAUCUCUUCAUGGACAAUGGAAUAAAUCCCCUGAAGGAUUCAACUUUGUAUUUCAGUAUGAUCAUUAUUGGGGGCUGUUAGGUCUUAAGUGUUAGCAUGCAGUUCAGUAAGUAGAGCAAUAAUACAGGACCUUAGCAAAGCUCUGAUGCAGUACUGCAAUUGGCAACCAGAGUUUUGUCUUGUUUUUAAUGACCAGCAUUGAAAUUUGUAGGACAAUUCCAAGUUGCUGUAGUUGCAUGAUUUGUGUACUAUUUGAAAUAAAAUAAUUAGCAAAAA